AUGCUGGCUGGGGCAGAUCGUACGGAUUGUGGUGGUGGUGGUGGUGGUGGUGAUACAAGUGAUUAUGAUAUCUGGCAGACUAAUAUAAAUUUAUCAGGUGAAUUAGAGACAAUACGAAAGUUUUCAUCAUCAUUUAUCAAUAAUAAUAAUAAUAAUAGUCGAAAUGAAUUGGGAUCUAUUCCCAGUAGUAAUUCAGCCUCUUUGAUUGUCCCGACAUCUAGUUACAAAUCAUACUAG